GGUCACACACAUGCUCGUUCUCGCCAUGAUGUGUACCACUUUUUCACGCCCAAACAGAUGUGCGCGUUCUCAGCACUUAGGAAUUCGAUUUUACUGACGCUGUAGGAACCGAAAGCUCCUCGAACGGUCACGAACUCCACGACCGUCCUCCUCCCCGGUUUCACCCUCAUUUCAAACUAAGCCUGCACCUUGAAGAAAAUAUCAUACUGAUCACGCUUUGAACUAACGUUACGGUUUAAUCGGCCUAAAAGCAACAUGCCUGCUGUUUCCAAGGGUGAUGGAAUGCGUGGCCUUGCUGUUUUCAUUUCUGAUAUAAGAAAUUGUAAAAGCAAGGAAGCUGAGAUCAAAAGGAUAAACAAAGAGUUGGCCAAUAUACGCUCCAAGUUUAAAGGUGACAAGGCUCUGGAUGGCUACAGCAAGAAGAAGUAUGUGUGCAAACUCCUUUUCAUUUUCCUUCUGGGCCAUGAUAUCGAUUUUGGUCAUAUGGAGGCAGUCAACCUCCUGAGUUCCAACAAAUACACAGAAAAACAAAUCGGCUACCUUUUCAUCUCAGUGUUAGUCAACUCCAACAGCGAUCUCAUCAGGCUCAUCAACAACGCCAUUAAGAAUGACUUGGCCAGCAGAAAUCCCACCUUCAUGAACCUGGCCCUCCACUGUAUAGCCAAUGUGGGAAGCAGAGAAAUGGCAGAGGCGUUUGCAGCAGAUGUGCCGCGCAUCCUGGUAGCAGGGGACACGAUGGACAGUGUGAAACAGAGUGCAGCUCUUUGCUUGCUGCGCCUCAACAGAACCUCACCAGACUUGGUCCCCAUGGGUGAGUGGACUGCCCGCGUGGUCCACCUUCUCAAUGACCAGCAUUUGGGCGUAGUGACUGCUGCCACCAGCCUCAUCACCACGCUGGCUCAGAAGAACCCAGACGACUUUAAGACCUCCGUUUCUCUGGCCGUGGCCCGACUCAGCAGGAUUGUCACGUCAGCCUCCACAGAUCUACAGGAUUACACAUACUACUUUGUCGCAGCACCCUGGCUGUCGGUGAAACUACUGCGACUCUUGCAAUGUUACCCUCCACCAGAGGAUGCUGCUAUCCGAGGGCGUCUGACCGAGUGUUUGGAAACCAUCCUUAACAAGGCCCAGGAACCUCCCAAGUCCAAGAAGGUCCAGCACUCAAACGCUAAGAAUGCUGUGCUGUUCGAGGCAAUCAGCCUCAUCAUUCACCAUGACAGUGAGCCAACCCUGCUGGUGAGGGCAUGCAACCAGCUGGGCCAGUUCCUACAGCACAGAGAAACCAAUCUGCGCUAUCUUGCCCUGGAAAGCAUGUGCACGCUGGCCAGCUCCGAGUUCUCCCACGAGGCCGUCAAAACACACAUUGAAACAGUCAUCAAUGCUCUCAAGACGGAGAGAGAUGUGAGUGUGAGGCAGCGGGCUGUGGACCUCCUCUAUGCCAUGUGUGACCGGAGCAAUGCCAAACAGAUUGUAGCAGAGAUGCUCAGUUACCUGGAGACAGCCGACUACUCCAUUCGAGAGGAAAUUGUGCUGAAGGUGGCUAUUUUGGCCGAGAAAUAUGCAGUGGACUACACGUGGUACGUGGACACCAUCCUGAACCUCAUCAGAAUCGGAGAUUACGUCAGCGAGGAAGUUUGGUAUCGGGAUCAGAUUGUUAUUAACAGAGACGAUGUGCAAGGCUAUGCUGCUAAGACGGUCUUUGAGGCUUUGCAAGCCCCAGCUUGCCAUGAGAAUCUAGUGAAGGUUGGAGGGUACAUCCUGGGAGAAUUUGGAAAUCUUAUUGCGGGGGAUCCACGGUCUAGUCCACUAGUUCAGUUCAACUUGCUGCACUCCAAGUUCCACCUGUGCUCGGUGCCCACCAGAGCUCUCCUGCUCUCGGCCUACAUCAAGUUCAUCAACCUGUUCCCCGAGGUGAAGGGCACCAUCCAGGAAGUGCUGCGCUCUGACAGUCAGCUCCGCAACGCAGACGUGGAGCUGCAGCAGCGGGCGGUGGAGUACCUUCGCCUCAGCUGCGUCGCCAGCACAGACAUACUGGCCACAGUAUUGGAGGAGAUGCCUCCUUUCCCAGAGCGCGAGUCGUCCAUUUUGGCCAAGCUGAAGAGGAAGAAGGGGCCUGGAACAGUGCCAGACAUUGAGGAGAACCGCAAGGAGCGCAAUGCCAACGUCAACGGAGGCCCAAAUCAUACCAGUGCCACCUCAAAUGCCAAGGCCUCCCCUCCAUCCUUUGUUGGGGAUCUGCUGGCUCCGGCCCCUCCCCCCACCAACCGGCCCCGCCCAGUGUCCUCCGCCUCCUUCCUGCAGAACCCCCUCACCCCUCUCCCCCCUCAGGCCUAUGCUAUCCCCUUAGCAGCCUCUGCUGGGACAUUCUAUCAGCAGGUAGCUGCCCCCGCCGCCGCCUCCUCCACAGAUCUGCUGGGUCUGGGAAGCUCCACCUCCCUUAACUCCACCCCUCCUGCAGCUGCCCCUCCCACUGCAGCGAGCCUGCUUGUUGACGUGUUCUCAGAGAACAGCCCGUCGGUGUCGGCGCCGGCGCACAUCGCUGUCCCUGCCACUGCCGCCCCUGCAGCCGAUGACAACUUCUCCAGCAUCACAACAAAGUCCUUCCAUGUGGCUGAAUCAAUUCUGGCAGAUGUACAGGAACCAACUGACAAGUUUGUCUGCAAGAACAAUGGGGUGCUGUAUGAGAACCAGCUGCUUCAGAUUGGCUUGAAGUCAGAGUAUCGACAGAACCUAGGUCGGAUGUAUGUGUUUUUUGGGAACAAAACCUCAACACAAUUCCUCAAUUUUGCCUCCAAUGUGGUCUGCCAGGACACUCUUGCUUCUCAGCUCAACGUGCAUCUGAAACCAGUUGAUCCCACAGUGGAUGGAGGAGCUCAGCUCCAACAGAUCAUCAACAUUGAAUGCGUGUCUGACUUUGUAGAAGCACCUGUUCUCAACAUCCAGUUCAGGUAUGGAGGCACUCUCCAGAACAUCGCUGUUAAGCUGCCUAUCACUUUGAACAAGUUUUUCCAGCCCACAGAGAUGAUGUCGCAAGACUUCUUCCAGCGAUGGAAACAACUAAGCGCUCCACAGCAGGAGGUUCAGAAAAUCUUCAAAGCCAAGCAUUCCAUGGACACUGAAGUCACCAAAGCAAAGAUCAUUGGUUUUGGAGUUGCUCUUUUGGAUGGGGUCGACCCUAACCCCUCCAACUUUGUAGGCGCAGGAGUCAUCCAUACGAAAACCACUCAGGUGGGCUGCCUGCUUCGGCUGGAGCCCAACAUGCAAGCACAGAUGUAUCGUCUAACUCUGAGAACGAGCCGGGAUACUGUGUCUCAGAGGCUCUGUGAUCUUCUGUCAGAUCAGUUCUGAAGUGAACACUCUGUUCACUCAAGCCUGACCGAUGGCCCAUGCCAUCUGAUCCUAGAGCAGUCUUGAACAUCAUCCACCCCAACACACUUCAUGUUUUGAGACCCACACAAGCUUGCCUCUCUGUAUGGCACCCCCUCGAACCAACCAGUCAAGAUUACCUAAAUCAAAAUGUGUUCGAUGUACAGUGUAAAUUCUCCUUUUUUAUUUUUUACUUUACUAAAAAAAAGUGUAUCUCUCUCUCACCACUUGGCUUUAUUAACAGCUCACGGCUAACAGUCGCCUUGUCCUCUGAUAUGUCCAUGUGCACACAUAUUAAAAUCUUGCGCUUUUACAGUUGGGAGGUUAGUGUCUCAACCCUGAUGCAGGGAUUUGGGGUGGGUUUUUUUAACUGGAAGAAUAAGAGUUUUUACAAGGUGAUGGCUCCCCUCUUGUUGUGCAAUGACUGCAUCCAACUGUGCCUUCAUUUUCAAUUCUUCAUAAUCAAAAAACAUUGUUAAAUGGAAAGACUGUUUUUGUUGAUGUUGAUGUUUACCUUUAUAGAAAAGUACUUUGUCACCUGUAGAUGCACUUAUCAUUGUAAGAUUCACUCCACAAACGGUUUUAUUCCCUCCAGUUACUGUGUUGCAAAAUGUUGUGUCCUUUGGCGGCUUAACUCCAGUCCUCAUAUAACGAUUAUCAGUAUUGUGUACUGUCGCUGUUGCUGCUUGACCUGUAGCAGUGUCUAGGCUGACUGUAUUCUUAAGUAGCAUAGAUUCUUUCAAAUACAUAAGAAACAGUGACAAACUCUUGCUGUUGAGAAGGCACUACUGAUGAAUCCUGUAUUUAAAUUCACCAAGGAUUAAGUGCCUCAUAUUUGUAUCUGCUCCAAAGCACACAAAUGCUUCCCUUUUAAAAUAAUUAUUGUGAAGUUUCCUUGUUCCCAUGUACCAAUCAAGGACAUUUACUUGAGUAAACCACUCAGGCAGUCUCAAAAGAUAAAGGGAUUUUUAUUCCCAGUCUUCCCCCUUCUCUGCAUCACUGUUAUCACUCUACACAUUGUUCUAUAACUCCAUUUUGGAAACUGGGAAACAUGGCUCAACCAGAGACCGGAAACUCUUCAAAGAGCUUGUGCAUGAAAAGCUAACUACAGUAUCCUCACCAUCAUGAAGGGUACGAAGCCCUCUUACCUGCGUUGUCACUGGCUAACUUUACUGUCUGGUCAGGUGCCGGCUAUGCCACUGCCUGUUCUCCCUGUGCCUUUAAGUUGUAUGUUUUGGUUACUGAUUUAUUUUAUCUUUGUGUUUUGUAUGUGUGUAUAAAUGUGUAUAUACACCCAAACAUUUGUUGUACUUUAAAUCAUAUCACAGGUUUUCUCAAUUAAACCAGUGUCUCACA